CGUCCAGGUCUCGCCUCUUUCUCCAGGGCGCACAUUCGCACCUCAGAGAACGCGGUUACGCACGGCGGACACUUGGAGUCUGGCGCUCGCGCACACAUCCACGGGCUUGUGGCAGCUUCAGCAAACUCGCUCGCGGGCUGAACCAUGUCCUUCAGCCCCAAACAUUCAACGCCUUUCUCUGUGAGCGAUAUUUUGAGCCCGAUCGAGGAGACCUUCAAGAAGUUUGCAGCGAUGGAGAGCAGCGCGUGCCUGGCGUCUCCUCUGUACAGACAGACUCAGGUGUCUCAGGCGAACCUGCAGCAGCACAGCAUGAGCCAUAACACCUACCACAUGCCGCACUCGCAGUUCUCACACAACGCCAUGGGAGGAUACUGCAACGGCACCAUGGGAGACCUGCCGUCCUACCAGGAGAGCAUGAGGAACGGCGCGACGGCCACGGCUUGGUACGGCUCGAACCCGGAGCCGAGAUAUCCGUCAAUCUCCAGGUUUAUGGGUCCCUCUGCGGGCAUGAACAUGGGAACAUUACCGGGCAUGGAUGCAAAUAAAUCUAUGGUGACUUUACACGCGGCGCCGCGGAGGAAACGGCGCGUGCUCUUCUCUCAGGCGCAGGUGUACGAGCUGGAGCGCCGCUUUAAGCAGCAGAAGUAUCUGUCUGCGCCGGAGAGGGAACAUUUGGCCAGCAUGAUUCACCUGACCCCGACCCAGGUCAAGAUCUGGUUCCAGAAUCACAGAUAUAAAAUGAAACGCCAGGCGAAGGAUAAAGCGUCGCAGCCGCAGCAGGACAGCGGAAGCCUGUGCGCGCAGCAGUCGCCGCGGCGCGUGGCCGUGCCGGUGCUGGUUAAGGACGGUAAACCGUGUCAGAACGGCUCCAGCACGCCGACGUCGGUCCAUCAGCAGGUGCAGAGCGUGCUGGGCAGUGAGACAUUAGCUUCAGCAGAGGAUCUGGAGGAGAUGUCGCCCAGUCCUCCUCUGAUGAACAGCCUCUCUCAGACUGACGCUGCGCUCAUCGAGUACACCAGCGGCAUGGUGAGCUCCAACCUGCUGUACGGCAGAACGUGGUGAUAUUUCAGCCACACAGACGGGGACGAUAACUGAAUUGAAGACCUUUUUUAAAACUCAUUUUUUUAAACAGCUCUCGUCUGUUGCAGCGGUCCGCGGACCCUCACGUGAAUUGUAUGGAUGGUAACAUUAAAUCAUUAUUGACUGAGAAUCUCUGAGGAGGAGUGUGUGAUGAAGACUAGUCUAGCGAGAUGCCAUUAAUCCGACAUCAGUUUUGUUUGCUUUGUAAAAUACAAGCUGUAGAUGAAGAAAUGUUUUGUGUACAUAUCUAACAUUGGACAAAUAAUGCUUUCUUGAAGUCUUUUGUAAGUUUAAAAGGAAACAAAAUAAAUAUGAGUGCUGCAAAUGUGAAAGAACCACUUGAAUUCGAUAUUAAAUCAUUUUUGUUUCUCAAAAGGUUUGAUCGAGCAAACUGAGCAGCAAUUAUUAUGCAUUGAAGGUCUAAAAAUACUAGCUUAAGAGAGAGAGAAAAACUAUAGCAUUAUUUGUAGUAAUAAAUUAGACCAAGGAAAUCUA